UCUGUUUCCCUCUCCCCCCUCUAAUUGGAAAUCUGACAUAUCUGCAUCCGGGAGGGCUCUGGGAUCGCGACGGAUAUCCUUCUCCUCCUCCCGCCCUCCCCAAACCCACUCCCACUCUUUCCUUCACAGAGCAGUGCCCCUCGCCCGGCCGCCUGGGCGAUAAGGUCGAUUUCCCUCCUUAAGACUCCUCCAGGGGGAGAUCGGGUCUUGGAUGUCCUGCCCUUACUUCCCCUCCUAGGGUCCCCUAGGGUGCUAUCCCCAACCCCUUUCCGUUUCCCCGGGCACCGGCGAGGCUCCGUCUUUUUGCUCCCCAUUGCAACUUGGGCACCAGCAAGCUCCCUCCAGCCCUCCGCGCCUAUCUUCCCAUCCUUCCUCUAUCCUCAGAGCGGGCCAAUUUGGGCAAGCCCAUCAGGACUGGCUUUGGGGAGAGAGGAGAGGGAGAGGCCCAGUUCUUCUGCCAAGGAGCGUCAUAAUAGCAAACUCUAAGAAAUGUCUGCGCCGACUCCCCCCUCCCUCGGGCCCAGGUCGGGUUCCUUCGGUAAUGCCGUGUGCCACUCAUUCCUUCUCUCCUGUGCCACUUACUGCCCCGCUGGUGACACUCGGGGACUCCCUGCUGCUCUCGCCUUCAACCCCCUCUCCGACUCUGGGGCCAAGCAGGAAAUGGAGGCCCAGAGACGACGACUCAUCCCUGCACCCCCUCCUUGACCCUCAACCCCCGGGGCUUUGCCAAUAAGGCGCUUACCAAGCUUCGGAGGCUAUGGGAGAACUCCCAGGUCUCCAGCCCCUCUCAUUAGCAAAGUUUCCCCCGUUUCCCUUCUCCUUUUUCCCUUUUCAGCUAUUUUCAAACUGGAAUUGGAACCCAAAGACAUCUGUCUCCUGGAAAACUGUGCGAAACGAGAAGCCGGUGUGCGGAAGGGGCACUGUAUUGAAUGCAUUCUGGCUUCCAGGAGUCCCGGCGACUUUGACAGCUGCCGCUUUGGCUGCCCGGGAGACGAAUCGCCUUCCUUUUGGUGCCAGAAGAAGCAGGAAAUUAGCCAGGUUGCGAGCUGAAAAUCUGCCACUCCAGCGCUUUGAAUCCACUGUGCCCCACCUUCCGCCUUCGGCCCGACCGAGCCGCCCCGGCCCGGCCUUGCAGCCGGCGGCUCGCUCCGGCCUCCAUGCCGAGCUCCGCUGCCCAGAACAAACGCGAUGGGGGGAUUCAGAGCAGAGAUCCGAAGCAGGACGGAGCCGAGCAAAAGAAUGCAGCUCUAUUCUCGCAAGGGAAAUUAUAAAAAAGUUCAUGUUCACGGUUACCAUCCACAUGACCGACAGCGGCCAAUGGAAAACCCGAACAACUCAUAAAGUUGUAUUGCAAAGUUGUAAAUUUUCAUAAACAACAACGGAUUUAUGGCUUUUUCCUCAUCACUAAGAAGAGGCAGGUCUUACAGGGGCGCCAUCUUACCAGAGAGGCAGCCCCGGAGUUGCAAGAUGUGUUUCUGCAGCCCCGCUUAGGACUCGUUGGAUUAAAAUACCAAUUAGGGCCGGCCCCAGCUCGGCAGGCCGGUGCGGGGACGGAGGAGAGGGAGCUGCAGGGGGAAUCUGAGGGGGCUGCAGGCCCGGACCUCCCCCCCCACGAUACAC